UCACCUGCUGAGCUGCCUCAUCAAGGGAUUUGGGAUAAUGGUGCUUGGCUCGAACAUCACAAGGAUACGAAGUUUUAUCAUCCUUGGGUUCCCUGGACUCUCUCCACAGUACUAUGGCCCUGCAUCAGCACUACUUUUUCUCAUCUACCUAGCUAUUUUACUAGGAAACAUUUUCAUUUUAGUGUUUGUCAUCUGUGAAAAAUCCCUUCAAAAACCUAUGUACUUGGUCUUUUGUCACCUUGCAUUAACUGAUUUAUCAUUUGGCACCGUUACACUCCCAAAGAUCAUAUCAAAAUAUUGGUUCGGAGAUAACAUGAUAUCAUUUUCCGGGUGUUUUACACAGAUGUUCUUUGUUCACUAUUUAGGGUCAGUAAUGUCUUUCAUGUUACUGGUAAUGGCUCUGGAUAGAUUUGUUGCAAUUUGUAUUCCACUGCGGUAUCCUGUCCUAAUCACGAAUAACAUUAUAUUCACUCUUUGUGGAUCUGCUUGGUUUUUACCCCUGCCUUUAAUGAUGAUCAUAUUAUUCCAAGCCCUCAGUUUAUCUUACUGUCGGUCAAAUAUCAUUCUGCAGUGCUACUGUGACCACAUCUCAUUACUAAGUCAGGCAUGUGGAAAUGAUCUUAAAACCGUACAAGUUAUUGCCCUCUGUAUCGCAAUGUUUUGUCUCUUGGUGCCUCUUGCAUUUAUCUUGAUUUCCUAUGUUUCUAUUAUUAUAGUCAUUUUAAAAAUGUCCAAUUCAGCAGGGCGCAUCAGAACCCUAGCUACUUGUACUCCACAAAUUUUCAUAACAUGCCUUUUCUAUCUGCCCAGGUGCUUUGUUUAUGUGGCUAACACAGUUGGAUUUUCUUUUAGUCUAGAUGUUCGCAUUUUAUUAAUUCUGCUGUACAGUCUACUUCCUGCUGCAGUCAACCCGAUAAUAUACUGUUUCAAGACUCAGGAUAUAAAGCACACUUUAAUGAAAAAAAUAAAAGCAACCAAAAUUGGAAUUGAGUUAAAAGUCUGGACCUAGUACCUAACUUGUAUCAGGAUGUUUGAUGAAAAAACGG